AUAUAACAGAUUGAGCGCAGUAUUAAAAGAUUUAUUAUUCUUGUUGUUCUAAUAAUUAUCCAGUGUUUAUUUCUUUGCAUUAAACCCUAUUAAUGCUUAUGUGAAUAGAAGAAAUAGCAAAAUGGAAAAUACGACACAACGUUUAAUUCCGCGCAGUGGAUUAUUGCAGGUUGCAACCAACUACAACAGGCCAUCGAAGGAGCAUUUUCGCUACGAAUCCAGGUCGGAUAAUAAGCCAAGCAAGAUGGAAGUUAAUCGAGUGUUCGAAAAAAAAUUCCAUUAUCAAAAGCCAAAAGAGAAUACUUGGCAGUUACCUUCUCCAAACGAAGCAUUUAGUGAAUAUUAUCAAUUUGAUACACUGCAACAACUGAAGCCAAAAUUAAAUGAUGUCAAGUGCAAAUUAAAUAAUUACACAAUUGAAGAUUGGAGUCUGCAUACAAGACGCCAGGAUCCAUCAAAUGAAAUACCAUGGCGUUUGAAAAAUGAAACCAAGGCCGAAUUUGUUACAGUAGCUUGGUGCAAAUUAUUUGAAUGUCUCCACGCCUACCCUCUGGUAAAAGGUCCGCAUUUAAAUUCUUUGCAUCUGUGCGAAUUGCCGGGAGCAUUUAUUGCCGCCUUAAAUCAUUACAUGUAUUCAACAUACAAAAAAGAAGAGGUAGAAUGGCGUUGGCUUUCUACAACACUUAAUCCGUAUUACGAAGGCAACCCCACAAGUGGCAUGAUUACGGACGAUAGAUUUAUGUUUCACACAUUUGACAAUUGGCUAAUGCAUGAUGAUUUUACUGGCAACAUUAUAAAUCGUAAUCAUAUUGAGCAAAUGCAAGAACAUUGCCGGAAACGUUUGGAGGAUAAUGUGCAGCUAAUUACGGCUGAUGGUUCAAUAGAUUGUGUUGAUGCACCUGAUUGUCAGGAAGAAGUGGUGGCCACACUUCAUUUUGCCGAGCUCACCGCAGCUCUAUGUAUACUCGCAGAUGGUGGUUGCUUUGUAGUGAAAAUGUUUACAAUGUUCGAAUCAACAAAUGUGUGUAAACUAUUUUUGCUGAACUGUAUUUUCGAGGAGGUUCACGUAUUCAAGCCUGCUACCUCGAAGCGUGGCAACUCGGAAAUUUAUAUAAUUUGCAUUGGUUACCGAAAGCAGACCAAGUAUUUACCAGAACUAUUGCAAUUGAUGAAGGAAAAUGUUGGAUGUGCAAACAUACUUCCGCUUUUCCCGAGAUCAUACUUGCCAAAUGAUUUCUUUCUGCAACAUGAGAUAUGCGCACGACUUUUUAUGAAUUUUCAAAUUGAAGCGAUUGAAGCGAACAUUCAGACAUAUGAAGUAAAACCUACUCGUCGUCAGGUGAUUUAUAAACAGCAUUUCCGAACGGAAACAGCCAAUGAAUUUUACGCACGCUACAAGGUGUGUAGCAUCGCGGAGCAGAAUAAAGUUUUAUAUGGACAUCAAGCAACUGAAGAAAACUGCAAGUCUGCACCGUUUUGCAGAGGUUCAUACACGGAACGUGAAAUGGCAAAGGAAACAACAAUGGAAGAACGAAUAUUUUCAUUUCAUCGUUACAUUAACAAUUUAGAAAAAAUAUUAGACUUCAAUUAUGAUAUACAGUUUCAGGAAGAGUACGACACAUCUACCCCAGAAUUGCAUAUUUACAGAGGCGCUCCAUUCACUGAACUACUUAGUAGUCUUUUUGCGCAUCCUUAUGUUAUGCAACUGCAUCAAAAGCUUAAGGAAAUGUUAAACCGUGAUCCCAUUUACAUGCUGAAACCCAAUUGUAUUGCAGACGAUGAGGAAAUGCAACUAAAUCUAAAUAUGCAUGGAUACUCGCUGCUCCCUCGAGAAUACUUUAUUGGAUUACUUGAUACGAUUUACGAAAAACAAACACGGCGAAUUGUUCUGUCAAAUGUGGCCUUUUUAACACACUUAUCCGUUUCCGUGCUACUUUCAUUGGCCCUUUUCGUUUUUGGACAUUUAUCUAUUUCCACUGGGCCUAACUUUCAGAUAGAGUUGCUUGCCAAAUGUGAUAAAUAUACACAGGACCAAAUGUCUGCGUUAAAACGGAUUCGCGAUUUACUAGCAGAAGAUGCAAAUGUUUUAUGUAUUAUGCCUAUCGAAAAAUUGCAUCGCAAUAAGUUUGCAAAUACAUUGAUGGCUUAUAAUAAUCAAUUAUUGAUGAAAAAUUUUAAAUUAGCUUUAGAUAACUGAAACUAUGUAAGAAUAUUAUUUUUCUAUUAGAAAUAAAUAUUUAUAUUGAAAUCUCAAAUAAAAAAAA